GCAGCUCAGAGCCGCUGUGUCCGGUUUAGCUCGGCUAACACUUGUCAUGACAGUUUGAGCUGGAUUUACUGAACCCGGAGCGUGUUUUGCUUUACCUUUUGGACAGACUAUGGAGACAGCCGUGUCCGUUUGACAUGUUGUACCUGUUUCACACAAUCACCUGAGCAAACCCUGGAUUUAGCAGCAGCAGGAGUCUCUCUCCCGGCUUGGUCCUCCCGGCUCGGUCCUCUCUCAUCAGCACAGCGCCGUCCACCAGCGCCGAGGACAUUUCCUGCGUUAUGGAGAAGGCAGACUUUCUAAAAGGACUUCCAGUUUACAACAAGAGUAACUUCAGCAGGUUCCACGCAGACUCGGUUUGUAAAGCAUCUAAUCGAAGACCUUCAGUUUACCUGCCAACACGGGAAUACCCCUCAGAACAGAUUAUUGUGACAGAGAAAACCAAUAUCCUGCUGCGUUACCUUCAUCAGCAGUGGGACAAAAAGAAUGCUGCUAAGAAACGGGAGCAGGAACAAGGCGAGGGGGACAGUCCAGCACCCCCACGGAAAAUCGCCCGGACAGACAGCCAAGAGAUGAAUGAGGACUCAUAAGUGUGUGUGUGUGUGUGUGUGUAUGUGUGUGUGUGUGGAGGGCAUGGCCUAUGUAAACACAACAAGUAUAAUCGCAUCUGACUCAUAUGUAAACUAUUGUGUUGAAAUAUUUUAAGUGUUAUUGUUCGUAGCAGCUACUUGUUUCACUUUUCAGGCCAGGACUCCCAAAAUCCCCUCGCAACCAACCCGAAACCCGCAGUGUGAAAUGAAAUUGACGACCUCUUGUAAUAAUUUCAAGUGGCAAAUUGUUUCAAAUCAGUUUUAAUUGUGUUAAUUUAAUAAGUUUCUCAUGUUAUGUGGCCCAGUUGUAUGAACAUGUACAGCUGUCAGUCACGAAGUAGAUUCAUUACUUACACCGUUUUUAAUUAGACACCUCAGCAGCGUGGGACAUUUUUGUGCACAGUUUGUGUGUCCCUCCUUAUGUCUGGAUGGCUUUCCUCCAGGCAUUUCAGCUUUCCCCAUCAACCCAAAUCCUCCAGCUAAGGUAAUCCUGACAAAGCCUAGCUCAAAAUCUGGAGAUAAUUCACUAUAUGGCUUCUAACAGGUUGCUCAUCAAUGCAAAUUUCCCUCUGGAGAUCAAUACAUUAUCCCUUAACCCUUGACCAAAUCCACUUUAUUUACAUAGCACAUUUUAUAAACAAAACUGCCACUAAAGUGCUGCUCAACAUGUGAUCUUACAACAAUCAAACCAGUAAAAUGACAGAAAAGCAAAGCUAUAACUAUGUAAUAUAGUAAUACAUAAAUAAAAUAAAUGUAAUCUUUAAACUGUACCCAGCCCUAGUUACUUGAAAUGUUAUGAAGUUGUGUUAUGUUUAGGAGAAAUGGCCAGAAUGGAGCAUUAUACUGUGGUCUUGUUUACAUGGCGCCAUCCCCAGUGUGAGUGCUGUACUUGUGUUGAGCUGUAUGUGACGUGACCUCAUGGUGUGUAGAUCAGAUAUGGACUGGGUGGAGUCAGGAGAUAAUUUCAAAGCGAUGGCUCAAGCUUUUAAUGCAGAAAAACAAGAGGCAAUUUGGACUGUUUAUAGGCUAAUGACAUCACAUUCAAAUAGCUGCAAUUUUAUACUUAGGACUGCGUGAUUUUGGGUGAAAAAAAACGUACUGGCUUGUAAUUGUCAUAGUGUACAUCGUAAAUCACUCCGGGAGCGUUCAUAUUUGAGAGAAGACUGAAAUAUGAACUGAUAAACUAAUAGAAGAAUCUCAUGGAUUUCAGAGCAGGGCAGGUCCACUGAUUCGAUUGCGUUAUAUUGUGCAGCGCUUUGCAUGAGUUCUGUUGAAAAUCUAAUCAAAUGGGCUCUUUGCACAACAGCACACUAGCUACCUCACUGCGUCCCAGAGCUAACAGUCACUAAGAUUCAAAUUAAGUAAAAUAAAGACUACCUAAUUAUUUUUAUAUGUACAAUAAUUCAGUUUGUGGUGUUUCUUAUUAUAUUUAUACACUUAUAUACUUAUUGUGCCUCAAAAUUAGCAUUAGCCUAAUCAUUGAGACACGCAGAAGUGAAGGUGAAGUAUUCAUUUUGUUUGUAAAGUCUUGUAGUUAUGUUGUCAGUGACAUCCACACGCAGCUCUCUGUCUGCUUAUCUUUAAUUAACUAUUCAUUUUAAGGUGACAAAGAGAUAAAAUUGGACAGGAAGUAGUGAUGCUAACAGUGAGGUUGCAAGGUGCUACUGUGCACAGAGGCUAUUAACUAGAAUUCUUUGAUACCUUUUAUGCCCAGAGAUUGUUCACUGUGAAAUCACUGCUUGUAGGAUUUGGUGUUUAAUUUGCAAGAAGGCAACAUACAGUGAGGUUAAUUACUGUUGUAUACUUUUUAAGAGACUUGAAACCAAAUUGCUGCCAAUCCACUCCAAUCCUGUCCAAGUUGUUCUGCUCUCACUGAUCAAACAUGACGGCAGACAAAACUGAAAUGUUUACAAAGGUUAUUGCUCCUUCUGAGUGAAAAAGUGGCAGUAAUUUUCAUUUUUGGACCAGGUUUUAUCCGUGAAAUAUACUUGUUUUAUUUGCAUUACAGAAAACGGCCACUUUACUUGCCAAGCUCUUGAAGUUAGUUUGUUAUAACGUUACCAACAUUUCAAACACAAAUUAAAAGCACUAUUUUUGGUUUUACCUUGUGGUCCUAUACUAGUUACUCUCUAAUUUUCCGUAAAGGUCAAAUUUUGUUCAUUUCCAAGUCUAAAAAGGGCAAAUGAGCAUCUAGAUUCGAUACUAGUACGUGAGUAAGUAUUGUUUGUAACCAUAGAAACGACCAGAUCCAUUUAAAAACCUGAGCCAUCACUUUUUGAUCCUGGACUCGUUUAGCCCGCUGUCGUGCCAGGAGUCCUGUUUUGUGCAAAGAUGACUUUUGUUACUGUUUAAUUUUAAUAAUAUUAUUGUUUUUUGUCGAAUGAUUGACGUUUGGCGAUGAGCUUCCUGCCAGCCACAGUGCCCGCUCCUUUGGUCUCACUGCCCCCUCUGUCUGCAACAAGUACUACAUUUUACACAACUCCAUAUGAAUGCACUGUGAUGAAGAGCACAAGUAGUAGAAAUAACUUCCUUAUUAAACCCAAUAGAUGUGUAUGUGUGGUCAAUAUGCAUAGACUCUGCAAUGUGCUUAUAGGGUUAACUGUUGUGCUGGGGCUUAUAAAGUAGUAUUUUAUAUUUUACUACCACGACCAACUGUCCAGAUUACAGAACACACUUAGGACCACCUGGUAUCUACUGGUGAAAUCAUUACUUGUGGUUGUAUAUUUAAAAUGGCUUUAUUUUGUUCCUCAUCCAGAAUGUUACUGUUUUUGAUUGGUACAAAGAAAAAUACGUCAGAAUCGUUUAAUAUCAAAUCAAUGGCAUUUCUAAGGUUUAGCAAUAGGUUGUGUUCACGAUACUUAAUAAUAUGAUGCGAUAAUUGACUGAUUCAGAUGGAGAGCAGGGGACUGUUUAAGUCUACGGUAGUGUUAUAGAAUGCUUUUGGAAGAAAUGCGGAACUUGCACUGUUUAGGUUAUGGCGUAUAUCCCCUGAAAGUCUUUGAAAUUUUGUAAUACAACCAUUUUUUGAAGCUAAAACUUGUGGUACAAAUAACCUUAGUUCAUGUUUGCCUACAGAGAAGACGCUAUAUUGGGUAGGUCUUGUAAUUGCAGAGAUACUAACCAUAAUCCAGGGCAACAACCUACAUUUUGACAGUUAAAACAGCUCAAUAUGAACCUGAACUCAACCUAUUACUAAUCUAUAUUUGCUAAGUUUCAUGCAAUGUGUAAAGGACUAAGAAGAAUGGUCCCAAAAAUGUGUCCAUAAAAGUAAUUGACCUUCUCGUGUUGGUGCUGCCUGUAUUUGUGGUCUGCAAUCAGCCUCUUUCAUGUUUACAAUGGCGAAUUUAAACAAAUGCAAAACUAGCACUUAAAAAAAUGAGUCAGUAUAAUAGUUUAUCCAAACGAUAUGUCCGUGUUGUGAAAUAUUGGACAAAGUAACAUCUCCCGUUGGCUGUCGCGUUACGUUGCAUCUUAACGUGUCAAAAGGCUCGUGAGAGAAUCGAUUUUAUUGAAGCGUGAAUGGACCGGUCCGUUACCAGCUUAUCUCAGUGAAGAUGUUAUUGCAUUGCCUGGAAUGUUCCACAGUAUGGCAUUUAACUCAUCUAUCUUGCAUUCGUUUUGUUAUAGGUGUUUACAUCGCCUGCUUGUUUCCAUGGAGACAAGUUCAAUACUGUAGAAUAUUCUUCAUCUCAUGCUUUUUUUUUGUUGACCAUUGACCAUUUCUUUGUUUGAUUUUAUAUUUUUUCUGUUGGUUAAAUCAAUUUUGUGAAGCCGUGCAGGUUUUGAUUUCGGGCUAAAAUAAAUCGAAUUCAAGGAGGACAAGCAGGUAGCGGACCAUAGUGCGCCUUCAAAGCAUGUUUUGGUCAGACCGUUGGGCACACUCAAAGUCUUGCCCUGGUUUCAGUUUAUGUGUGAGGACAGAGAAACCUCUUUUGGCUUUGCUCAAAUAAAACUGGAUACAAACUGC